GACAUGCUGUUGGACCAGAUCGUCUGUGGGGUGAGAGACCUAAGACUCCAGAGGCGUUUACUGGCAAAAAAGGACUUGACUCUAGCCUUAGCCAUGGAGGAAGCCCUGGCUGCUGAGCUCUCGGCCCAGUCAGCAGCUGAAAUUCAGGGCACUCAAUCUAAACCCAGCACGCCAACUGUCCAUUCUGAAGAAAAGCCUUCACAGGUAGGAGCGGGGCAAAGAAACAGCUUCACCCCCAAACAACCUCCCAUGUGCCUAACCUGUGGAGGCUCCCACCCUAGGGCAUCCUGCAGGUUCAGAAACGCCAUCUGCCUGAACUGCCAAAAGAAGGGUCACAUCGCUAGAGUCUGCCAAGCAGGGCGAUCUUUACCUCAAAGGCCUCCACCACCUCCUAACUCCCAAAGGCAAGUGGAGGACUGCUAUACCUGCUACCACGCUAACCAUACUUCCCAAACCCCUGAUAAAAUUAAAAUUUCUGUUUUCCUAGAAGGUAAACCCUGCAGGAUGGAGGUGGACACGGGAUCCGCGCUCUCAAUCUUGUGGGGAACAAGAGUGGUCAUCCCAGCCUCCCUUCGAGUGCCCAUCCUGAAGGUGCUUCAUGAGGGUCAUCCGGGCAUCGUAAGAAUGAAGGCCCUGGCCCGCAGCUACGUCUGGUGGCCUGGCAUGGACGCUCAAAUCGCCAACUGGGUAAGCUCUUGCCAGCCUUGCCAACAAACCAGGGCUGCCCCUCCAGCUGCCUCGCCCACCAGAUGGGAGAGUGCAAACGCCCCUUGGUCCCGCUUGCACAUCGACCUGGCUGGGCCUGUACAUGGCAGGACCUUCUUGGUGGUCGUGGAUUCAUACUCCAAGUGGAUUGAUGUAGCCUUACUUCCCACAACCACCACCCAGGCGAUAGUUAAGGCCCUAACCCGUCUAUUUGUCACCCACGGGCUUCCUGACACGCUGGUUUCAGACAAUGGCCCACAGUUCACAUCGUGUGAAUUCAGCAUGUUUGGCCAGGAGGAUUGGCACUCUAAACUGUCUCGUUUCCUGCUCAGCCAGCACACAACGCCCUGCACCACCACCAACAAAUCUCCUGCCGAACUUCUAAUGGGGAGACGCCUUAGAACCACCCUGGACAGGCUACACCCCCACUACUGCCCAGACACCCCCUUAGGGUCCGACAGUCUGGUCAGAGACUUCGCCCCACAAGACCUGGUAUACGCCAGGAACUACGCGGGGGAUCCGUUGUGGGUGCCAGGACAAGUCGUGUCAGUCACAGGUCCCAGGUCCUACAGGAUCCUCCUAGAGGAUGGACGUUUGUGGCGGAGACACGUAGAUCAACUCAGAAGGUAG